AUGGCAAAGGACCGGGUUUCUGGUGUGCAGAUAUAUCUGGAUUCUAACGACCCCAAAAAUUUUAUGAAAAAAACGAUGGAGAAGGUGAGCAAAAGCGACUCUGAGUCUGGAAGCGAAUCCAGCUCUGAGGCGUCUGUAGAGUCUUCAGGGAGUUCCAGGGAGUCGAUGGGCUCUGGAGAGGAAUGCACAGAGACCGAGUCUGAGAUCGAGGAGGAGACAUCGAGCGGAAGCGCAGAGGAAAGCAAGAGAGAGAAUCCAUCUCUUACAGUGUUCAUAAAGGGCAUAAGCUAUGACUUGACGGAGUACGACUUGAAGAGUGAGAUGGAGAAGAUAGGAAAAGUAGCCCGGGUUGGGAUUCCGAUGACCAAUGACUACAAGCGUAAUAAGGGCUUUGGAUAUGUGGAGUUCUGUAAGGAAGAAGAUGUGAAGAAGGCGCUGAAGCUGGACGGUACUGUUUUUCUUGGUAGAGAGGUGAUUGUGAACAUGGCACAUCCUCGAACCAACAAAGAGAAACACACAAUAUACAUUUCAAACCUCCCGUUCGAAUGUGACAAGAAGAAGUUGAAGAAGUACUUUGAAGAGAUGGGAGAAGUGGUUGGGAUGUCUUUCCCAUAUGAUAAAGAAAAUGACCGAUUGAAGGGAUACGGAUUUGUCGACUUUGGAAACAAGGAGGACUAUGAAAAGGUUUUGAAGAAGAAACUGGUUUUUGAAGACAGUUCUAUAUACCAGAGACCGGCUUAUAAGAACGGUAGGGAGGAUAGAAAGGAUUUUGACAGAAGAGGACCUAAAAGAAACGACUCCAGAUGGAAUGGAAAAAGACAUGGAAUGGACGGUCAGAACAGAAACAACAAUAAGAAAGUUAAGUUUAACUCUGAUAGCGAGGAAUAA